CCGCGCCAUGACAGCCAGCGCGGCGCCGCGGGGCCGGCGGCCCGGAGUUGGCGUAGGAGUCGUGGUGACUAGCUGCAGGCAUCCUCGUUGUGUCCUCCUGGGCAAGAGGAAAGGGUCGUUUGGAGCCGGCAGCUUCCAACUUCCUGGGGGUCAUUUGGAGUUCGGUGAAAGCUGGGAAGAAUGUGCUCAAAGGGAAACCUGGGAAGAAGCAGCUCUUCACCUGAAAAAUGUCCGCUUUGCCUCGGUUGUGAAUUCUUUCGUUGAGAAAGAGAAUUACCAUUAUGUCACUAUAUUAAUGAAAGGAGAGGUGGAUGUGACUCAUGAUUCAGAACCAAAGAAUGUAGAGCCUGAGAAAAACGAAAGUUGGGAGUGGGUUCCUUGGGAAGAAUUUCCUCCCCUGGACCAGCUUUUCUGGGCACUGCGUUGUUUAAAGGAACAAGGCUAUGAUCCAUUUAAAGAAGAUUUGGAUCACCUGGUAGGAUACAAAGGAAGUCAUCUCUAGGUGAACAAGAAGAUUCCCUGAAUUUUUUUAAAAAGACAAAAUAAGGUCCGGUUAGAGAAUGAAAAAU